AUGCCUUCUAAUGGUUGGAGGAGUAGAGGGGGGAAGCCGGUUAGAAUAACCCGGCCCCUUACUCCUCUUGCUCUUAGAGCGUGCGGAACCCAUCAACGCGGUGCUAGAGCACCGGCGCCGCUUGAGUGUUCCUGUACUUAUUCGGUAUCUUGCGGAUACCUAGGGAUUCCUGGAACCUGGAUGCUCACAGCCAAGUUCCCGAGACUCCCGAGUGUGGGUUGGGGGGGUGAGAGUGCCAAGGUGGUGGCAAAUGGCACACGAACCGGCGAGGCGUCUCACAUAGCCUCCGGUCAGAAGGUACCGCCCGGCAUCCGAAGAGCCUGGGACGGUCUAGCCGACGGAGAACGCAAGAGAGCGCCUAAGCUCACCCCGGAGCAGGAGGACACACCGGUUGAGUAG